CCGCGACAUACACAUUUCUUUUCCCCCCACAGAGAAAGCAGCAUGAUGGAGGUGUGCGGCUCUUCAAAUGUUACUAUGAGGGAGUUUGGAUGUGAACAGAGUUUGUUGUCUCGUCCUGACGGUUCAGCGUCCUUCAUUCAAGGUAACUAAACCAGGUGAAAACUGUCUGAGAGUCGAUGUUCUGCGCUGCAGGGUCGAGAAAUGCGACGACUGCAGAUAAUGAUGAAUGAUAGCAGAACUACACAAUAUUUACCCCAGUGUUUUUUGUCAUUAGGUGUAAGGGAGCGAUCGCAGGAGCAGUGUGUGCGAGAGACCUGUGAGGCAUCUCUGCUCUUGUCCCUUCAUCCCCGCUCCUCCCUCACUCUCAUUCUUCAGGUGUUACAUGACGACGGUUCACUGCUGUCUUGCUCUCUGAAUGCGGCCUGUAUGGCUCUGAUGGAUGCAGGUCUGCCUAUGAGUUGCCUGUUUUGUGGAGUUACCUGUGCCAUCGACGCAGACGGUCAAAUCAUCACGGACCCCACAGCAGCACAGGAAAAGGAAAGUCGAGCUUUGAUGACCUUUGCAAUCGACAGCAAAGAAUGCCGAGUGUUGAUGUCGGAUACCAAAGGAUCAUUUUCAGUUAACGAGCUGCAGCAGUGUAUAGCAGUCAGUCAGAAAGCGUCACAGAAGAUCUUCCAGUUUUACAGAGACUCCGUCAGCCGUCGAUACUCCAAAAACCUCUGAUGAAGAAGAUGAUCUCUGUUUUUUUUUUAACAAAUACUGAUUUUGUAAUAAAUCAUUGAGAAGUUGCUUUGGGCUACCUCUUCUUCAGUUCAGAUGUGUGUAGUGAAGCUGUGGGUGAUGUGAUUAUUUUUUUUUUGUAAGAAGACCACAUUGAGCUCGAGUCUGUCGGGGUGUAAAAUAAAAAGAGAGACCUUGAAUGUCAAACAAGUGCAUUUAUUGGGAUUUUCUCUCAGUUUAAUAUUUACAUGUAAUACAAGGAUGUCAACUGGGUAAAAACGGAGUACCUCUUGUAUUAAUAAAUCUAAUUUUACCAGA